GGACAGGCUCGAAGCACCUAUUGCUACAUCAUCUUUGUCAAAUCCCCGGAAGGACGAACAACCUUGGUCCAAUAGCCGUAUGUCCGCUCGAACGACCUGACGGCCCGCCCCGAAAACCUAUACAAGCUUCGGGUACAUCGAAUCAUAACGUCCAGAAAGGAACAAACGACGAUGUCUUCUUUGCCCCGGAUUCCGCCCCGCACAUGGGAUUCAGAAGCCCCAAAUCGUCGCGAAGCACUCGGAGAAAAUGAGACACUACCACCGCCACCCUCUUACGGGGAUUCCAAGAAAGAGAAGUCACUCGACAUUACCCAGAAGCUCGAAAGGAAACUUGCACAGCUCAAUGCAUCGGAAAAUGCUUUCAAGAGGUGGUUUUUCGAACUCGUUAGCUGGGCUGUCAGUGCGAUAUGCAUGGGUGCUAUUAUUGGCAUCCUCCUCUAUCUCAACAACAAGAGCCUAACCAAGUGGCCUCUCGGUCUCACCAUCAAUACCGUUCUAUCGAAGGUCGCGUCGGCCGCGCUGAUCCUGCCCACAUCCGAAGCUCUCGGCCAGCUAAAAUGGAACUGGUUUCACGGGAAAGACUCUAAAGAAAUGUGGGAUUUCGAAAUCUUCGAUAAAGCUUCUCGCGGUGCCUGGGGAUCCGUCCUGCUCCUGUUUCGCACGAAAGGAAGGUCCCUAGCUGCUCUUGGAGCUAUCCUCACGCUGCUUCUAAUCGCCAAUGACACAUUCUUUCAGCAAGUUGUCGACCUUCCCGAGCGCUGGAACAUUGAAGGGAAUAGCUCAAUUGCCAAGGUCGUAUGGUACGAACCUGAAACUACCGUCGAGAUUCGGGGAGGUGUGCCAAUGGUCCAACAAGACACGACUCUUUGGACCGUCGUCCAAAACUUUCUUUAUGGCAAUGGUUCUCGGCCAGUCCCUUUUGGCAAUGGUACUGGCCCUGAAAUACCUGUUUCUUGUCCUACCAGCAAUUGCACCUGGCCAACAUAUGAGACUUUAGGGGUCUGCAGCCGGUGUGCGGACAUCUCUCCGCUCCUCACCUUCACUUGCAGAACGACGACGACGGACUGGAUAGGAAAUUUGACCGGCCUUCCCGACAGAGCAAACUACCCCAACGGAACCAUGUGUGGAUACUUCAUCAAUGCCACGAGUGAGCUUCCGGUAUUGAUGACGGGCUACAGCACUACUGCUGUCGAAUCGUCUGCUGGGGCCGGGCAAGCUGGCGAGGCCCUUUUGAUGCGGACUAUGUCGCUUAUGAACACACAUCUGCCGGAGCUGGCGUUUGAUGGAUCCAUCCACUUCAGUCAUAUACGGAGUCCACUUAUUGACGUGCUAAUCGUUGCUGCCCCAAACGGCUCAGCGAGCGUCUAUCGAAACGAAACGCCAGUCGCUCAGGAAUGCGUCCUAUCUUGGUGCGUCAAGCAGAUUAAGUCUUCCUAUUAUUGGGGGACAUACCAAGAGGAGGUCAUCGACACUCUUAUCAACACGACAGGCCGCUAUCGAUGGAAGUAUGAGCGCCUCGAUAGCGCCGCAGUCAAUGGCUCAUUGAUCUACUAUACCGAAAACGUAACUAUUCAUUCAGCAACCGAACACGAAAACAGUCAACCCAAUUCUGUUUAUGGAACAUUGAAUGACACACAGCUGAAUGCAAUGGCCGUUUUCGAUUAUGCCUUCCCGUCAUUUCUCACUGCCGACGACUUAACUUCCAAGCCCAGCUUCCGAUACAGGGCUUCGUUCAAAGGUCUUCCCCGGACUAGGAACAUCAAGUUCAAUCCUUGGAUCCCCCCAAAUAACGUUACUCGUCACAUGGAGCGGCUUUCUACGGCACUCACAAAUAUGUUGAGAUCCUCUGAGAGCGCCGACAUGAUUACCGGAACCGCUUAUAGUGUGGAAACAUACGUCCGCGUUCAAUGGGCGUGGCUCAUUUUCCCAUUUGCUCUUCUCACUCUCUCACUGGUUUUUCUCGUCGCUACAAUGAUCAAGACAAGAGGGGCCGCUGGCGAAAAUCCUGGUGUCUGGAAGACUUCCGCGAUGCCGACUCUGAUAUACAGUCUCCCAAAAGAUAUGCAGCGGCAGCUCUCCUCGUCUUCUACUACUUUUUCGGGGACGUCGUCAGGCGGGGCAAAGAAUCUCAGGAUCAGGCUGCACCCAAAGAGGGGGUGGAGAGUUUCCGGGCAUCCAUGCAGUCCCGACUCUCCGAUUCUAAGGUCAAACCAGGCUCCACCGGGUUGGAUUUAGGGUGCAGUAAGUCACACACUAUACUAGGGUCGCGGUAGGCGUCAAAUAGGAGAACAUUAAGCACGCAAUGGCCUUCAAAGUGCUGCGCUAUCCAUGUCAGCCAAGUCUCCCAAGCCGCCAUUUCAUUCGUGGAUUCUGUUGCGAAACACCGGGUUGGGACAUCACCACGACCUUAAUUAAAAUCGAGGAGAAGAAUUCCCGGUACGGCCAUUCUGUAGU